CUGUACCGUGUGCCCGGGUGCCCCGAGGCUCGGCGGGCUGGGAUGGCUGAGCUGAUUCCGUUUGCGGUUCCCAGCGGGAGUGACAAGACCUUGCUGGUGUGGAAUUUGAGCUCUGGACCCACUGCCGAGGCCUUGCAUCGGUCUCUGUCCACAGCGCUGUCCCGCUUCGGCCUCCUGCACUCGGUCCGCGUUCUCCCCAAUGCGGCGGUGGCCGGGCCCGGUUUCUACGCCGUCGUCAAAUUUUACUCGGCCAGAGAUGCCCGAAGAGCUCAGAAGGCCUGCGACGGGAGCCCGCUGGUCCAGAGCACCCCGGUGAAGGUUCAUCUUGGGAGCAGACACAAGGCAGCUGGACAUCAGACCCUUCCCCUGAACAGUUCACGAUGCCAAGAGCUGGCCAAUUACUACUUCGGUUUCAACGGAUGGUCCAAAAGGAUCAUCAAGCUGCAGGACCUUUCUGACCUUGAAGGCAGAGACGCAGGAGCUCUGGCCACACCCCGGGGGAAGCCAGGCUUGAGGUUCCUGUGUGCUCUGGAGGUGGUGCUGCCGUCCUACAAGUGCGCAAGCCCUGGGGUCGCCGUCGCGGAGGAGUCGGUGGAGGAGCUUGAGCAGGGUCAGUUGCUUUGCCUGCGAGCAGCACAGCCAAGGGGAGGAAGAUUUCAGGGAUUUCAACGUGGAGGAGGAAGAACUCGGGCUCCUAGAGCAGGACCAGCCCUUGACCUAGGUGCAAAACAGCCCUCUCCCCUCCUCCCCCUCUCCCCAUCCCCCACCUGGCCCCAGACCCAGGCCUGCAUCAGGCCUUACUGGAGGUGGGGGAGGGUGGGGCUGGUCACAGUGGGAAAAGCCUUUCCCUGUCUGGCAUCUCACAAGCCCAUCUGGCUCCAAUCUAAAUACUGGUUUUGUAAACAAAAGUGUCAUAAAUAAGGGCAGGUGGGGGAAGGAUGAGCUUGCAGUGGGGCCCUGAUACCCCACUGAGCUGGAUCCCUGCUCCAGCAUCUGCACAUCACAUUCCUGCUGCACAUAUGACCUCUGUCCUCAUGUGGUGGCAGUUGUGACUGCUGGUCCUGGCCGAACCCCUUCCAGAGUAGACCUGACACCUGGCACAGACCACCCUGAUGCCCGGGCCUGCCAAGCUCUGGUCUUCACCCAGCUCCCACCUGAGUUGGCCAUGCCUCAUCACCCCUGCCCCUGUGCCCCAGGGCUUCCCCUCCCAGAUGCCAGGCCCACUUCUGGAUGGACGGGAGUGCGCUCUUGUGCCUGCACAGGGUUCAGCUGUCCCUGGAGA